CAAAUUUCAAUUAAAUUUCUUGUUUUUCUUCUUUUUUCUAAAAAAUAUCUCCAAAAAAAUGGCAAAACCUGGCUGGGGAAGUGCCUCAGAGACGAGUCGUCGUGGCAGUGACAAAAAUACAUUAAACGCUUUAGAACAAGAACGUUUCUUGAGCUCUUUAGAUCUCGACACCGCUGAUAUUCCAACGAUUCCUGACCUCGAUGACAUUCAACCGGACAAACUUUCGGACACAGUGAAGCCCAGCACGAGCAACUUCACAAUAAAAAACUCAAUUCGGGAAUUAGACUCGGAAUUGCUCAAACAAACAUCCGUUGAAGGCCUGGAUUUGAUGAUUCUCGCGAGAAAAUGUCUCGCCAAAGAGGAAGAUUUGAAGGAAGAUGACGUCCCAUGGACUUGGAACAGUAUUUUCGUAAACUUUUCACAACCAGAGAAAAAAGAUACCGAACCGGAAGUCCAAAAAAGUGAUUAAAAUUCAUAAAUUACUUUAUU